AUGAAGAAAAAUUCUUCGGUAGUUUUCUUCCUUGUGGGUCUAUCACAAUUCGUCACUAUGGCGUUUCUCAUUAUCGGAUCCAUUACGGCUCCAAUUUUCAAACAAAUAGGCUAUUCUAAAUAUGAUGAGAUCACAUACGGUACAUUCGGCUACUGUAAAGAGGGCUCCUGCUCAAAAGCAAGUUAUAAUUAUCACCCCGAUGAGCUAUCAGACAGUGAUAGCAACUGGAAACUCAAUAGCAACGCUAGGUCUAUAUUGGGGAAAAUCAUCUUUAUCACACCCAUUGCUGCUGGUCUUAAUUUUUUGGGAUUUCUUUGUACCAUCAUGAGCGUUUUAUUAAUUAACGUGCUAUCCAGUGAUAGAGUUGGUAGUGCGUCUGCCAUCAUGUUUUUUGUUAAUUUGACAUUUUCCACUCUAGGCUUUCUUUCUGCUUCUUUGAUAUGUAUCGUGGUAUUUUUACUGUUUUACCCACAUGUAACCUGGUGUUCAUGGGUCCUGAUACCAGGAGCUGCUUUAUCUCUACUAGUAAUUCCUUUGAUAUUCUCAGCUUAUUCAAGAAGCUCAGGCUCAAGGGAUGAUGACGAAACCGAGGAACUGGAAGAAAAGGGCAUGCUGCUGAAUGACCCAUAUCUAAGUUCGAAGUCCGGGAGAUUCGAUAUCGACGCUGAUAGUGAGGCCAACCUCCGUGGUGAUUCAAGAACGAAUUUAUUGGGUGACAAUUUUAAGAACGGUACUAAUAUCACUGUUGUCCCAGAUAUUAUUUCACACAAUCAAGAUCCGAAAUUAUCAAACAUAACCACUUCUACCACGUCUGAUAUUUCUACUUUCGAUAAAGAAGCAAAGGACAUGGAAAAUUCAAAUGGUUCCGGACUUAAUGAAGAAGAGGACGAUGGCAUGGCCUAUGACAAAAGGAGGUCAACUUCAACGUAUUCUGUCAUUGAAAGUGAAAGUGGCUUGAAAAAUGGGAGUGUUUCUAAUAAUUAUGUGAGAAACAAUGGUAGUAACACCAGCAACAAUAUAAACUAUAAAGUUCCGCUAGGAAAAACGGAAAUAUCAUCCAGUGCAUCAUUAGCGUCCUCAGACUACUCUCAAAGAGAGGUCAUACCGCACAGAAAUCCUUCGAGACUACUAAACGACAUCAUGGAGACCUCCUUCAAUGAACCAAACGAUAGCCACAUCAACAGCAUGUCCUCCUACAACGAUAAAGAUUCAACGUUGACUUCAAUAUCACAGAGAGGUGUCAAUCCGGAAGUAUACAAUCAAAUGCCUCGAGAAACAGCCGCUGGUCCUGCAAAUAUAAGGCCGUACGCUGGUCAGCCACACCCGGCGCCAUUAGUGUAUCCCCAACAACGACUACAACCACAACAACAGCAACCACAGCAGCAAUAUCAUCAAUACAAUUUAUAUCAAAGAACUACUCCUGCUGGUCCAGAUCCUUCUAAUGUUAUUUUACAAAGCAAUCCUUAUUUCAACGUUGCCCCAAACCAAGUGCCACAGCACAGAAAUCCGGUACCAGGCGUCGGUUUUGCUCCGAAUCCUUUACCAAACCAAAGCCCGAUAACACAAGGAUAUAAGCCUGCCUAUAAGAGGAGAAUGCAAAACAAAAACUUGCCCCGAGCUACUACUUCACUGAACAAUCCUUACGGAUUUAGGUAA